UUUUCUGCUAACGCGGAUCGCCUCUUUCUCUCUCUUUCUUUGCUUUCUCCAUAAACUGGAAAACCCUAAAAAUUAGAAUUCCUUUUUCAUGGUUUUGCCAUUCUCUUCAUAUUACCUUGAGAAGAUUGAAGAUUCACUGAAGUAGGUGAAUAGCUCAGGCCCAUUAGGUUUAUAACCUUUCUCCCACUCUAUUUACGUUUUCGUUCGACCUGGCGGCGAUGGAGAACGGCCGGAAGAGAGGGAACCUAGACAGUACAUUCGUUUCCAAUGGUGGAUUCAAGAAAUCAAAGCAAGAAUCGGAGUUCCUUGGAUCUGGUGUAGGAAGCAAAUCAAAGCCUUGCACGAAGUUCUUCAGCACGACUGGCUGUCAAUAUGGGGAAUCAUGCCACUUUCUUCAUUAUGUCCCUGGUGGCUUUAAUGCUGUCUCUCAAAUGACCAAAACCGGCAGGGAUUCCAGAAACCCCAUGACUGCACCACCACCACCACUACAACUCCAUUCAGAUGGUCCAGCUCCCACUGUCAAGACCAAGCUAUGCAACAAAUUCAACACAGCAGAGGGCUGCAAAUUUGGCGAUCAAUGUCGUUUCGCCCACGGGGAGAUAGAGCUCGGAAAACGCAACUUCCCUUCCCACGAGGACCCACGAGGAGGAGGUAUGGGUCCGCCAAUGGCGAGCAGGCAGCAGCCCACACGGUUCGAUCCAGCCCCUCACGGCUCAUCAUCUGCUGUGGCUAACUUCGGAGUAUCGGCCACAGCCAAGAUAAGUAUCGACGGGUCGGUUGCGGGGGCUGUGAUUGGAAAAGGUGGCGUGAUCUCGAAAGAAAUCUGUAGACUAACUGGUGUCAGGCUUGCUGUAAGGGAUCAUGAAUCUGAUCCAAACAAAAAGAAUAUCGAGCUUGAGGGAACGUUCGAUCAGAUCAAUCAUGCUAGCUCGAUGGUGCAGGAAAUCCUCGUGAACGUCGGUGUGGGUACUGGUAAUAAUAAUAAUAAUAAUAGCAUUAAUAAUAAUACCAACAGUCGGAAAACUGAUAACGUCAAGACACUGAAGACAAAGCUUUGCGAGAAUUUCGCCAGAGGCUUGUGCACUUACGGUGAAAAAUGCAGAUUCGCCCACGGAGAGAGCGAUCUUCGUCAGCCGGGUGCUUGAGUGUUUUUGGUCGUCGGGUGGAAAGCUUAAAACUUUUAAUAUUUUAGGAGAAGAUUAUUGAGUUUGAUUUGUAUUACUUUAUUGGGCUUAUUAGAGAGCUUUUAAAGUUGGUUAAUUUGAUGACUGUUGGUUGAUCACUUCUAGUGUUGUAAUGUUGUUGAUUGUGUUAUUUUAACUUUUAGACUAUUAUUA